AUGUCAUCCAUAUCAACAUGAACCGCUUACCAGCAGAAAUCAUCGUGGAAAUCAUACAUACGAUUGAACACCAACCUACCCUAGCUGGAGUAGCACAAGUAUGCAAGUUAUGGAACAGUCUCGCGACGCCCUUGCUGUACAGAAUACCAAAAUUUGGAUCUAGCCAGUCCUUUCAAAGCUUUCUCAGGACGGUAUCUGAAAACUCAAACUUGGGUAACAUUGUGCGGGAGGUAGAUUUGUUGUCCUCCCCAUGGCCGCGAUGGCUGGUAGUUGACAGUCAGACUAUUACAACCCUUGGUAAAGGAUGUCCGCAACUAACAUAUCUUGAAUUAGAAGGUUGCAGUGCCCUGAGAGACAGAGGUGUUGUCUCCUUGGCCGAAAACUGUCCUGGACUCCAGUACCUCUCCCUGUCCGAGUGUGACAAAGUAUCUGAUGAAGGAAUCCUUGCAAUAGCAACACACUGCAACCAGCUGCGAAUUCUGGAACUUAAAGCGAUGCCUAUGGUCAGCGAUCUAUCUGUCGAAGAAAUUGCUCUGAACUGCACAUUUCUGGAAUCCGUUGCAUUAGCAGGAACGCGUGUGAGCGAUCGCUCGGUAAAUGAACUUAUCGAAAGAGCGCAGCGUUUAGCCUAUUUGGAUCUAUCUUUGUGCUAUAAUGUGGUAGAUCUCGAUAAGAUUAUGGAAGAAAAGCCGGAGCGUCUAGAAAUCGUCACUGAUACUAUGCCAACCGGAUCUGCCGAUUGGGAAGAAACAGAUUGGGAGGGAGAAGAUUGGGAUGGGGAAUGGGAUGGGGAAUGGGAUGGAGAAUGGGAUCAGGACGAGGGCGAAAUGGAUUAUGACGAUGUCGAAGCGUGGCCCAAUGCUCACUUUAGUGUGGAUCUGGAUAUAUAGGCGUACCCUUGCUGCCAUUGUAUAUAGCAUCGUUCAUUUGCCGAAUGUUUUUAAGAGCCGCCAGCUCAUUAGUCUUUAAACCCGAUUUAGUGGUUAAUAUAAUUAGAUAUUGCUUGACAAUGUGGCCUACAUGCAUGCAAUAUGGAAUGU